UCAUGCAAGAAAAACUCAACCUCUAAACUCUUACCAUAUUCUUCUAAAGCUAUCACUUGCAGAAAUUAAACCAUGGGGAAUUGCUUAGUCCUGCAAGAAAAGCUAAUCAAGGUCAUGAAACCUGAUGGGAAGAUCCUUGAAUAUAAAGCACCAAUAACAGUUCAUCAAGUACUCUCAGAUUUUUCAGGUCAUGCAAUAUCUGAUUCACUUCAGGCUUUUCAGCAUCUCCUGCCAGAAACCAAAUUGCUUGGUGGGAAACUGUAUUAUCUUGUACCUCUUCCUUUGCCAUCCCCAAAAGCUAAGAAGAAAGUGAGAUUUUCAGUUCCAGAAGAAGAAGAUAAAAAAGAAAACAUUGUAAGAAUCAAGUUAGUCAUCAGCAAGCAAGAACUGCAAGAAAUUCUGCAGAAGGAAGGAGUUACAGUCGAUUCUAUGAUUUCUCAACUUCAGGAUCAACGAAGAGUAGAAACAGUUGAUACAUCUGAUAAUACAGGUUACUGGAAGCCUGUGUUAGAAAGCAUACCUGAAAUAGAUUAGCAAACCAUAGCUUAAGUUUGAACCUAAUCUACAGCUCUAUGUGUUUUUUGACCUCUAGAAAAUUUUACCAGACAAUAGGCAGUGUAUAAAAGAAAACUAAUGAAACAUAUACAGUUUAGCUCAUCUUCUCA